ACGUGACCGAGAAUCGGAUUGGAAGCGCGGGUCGUUCUGUGCGGAAAGUCGCCGGUGCCGGUAAGGUGGUCGGUGGAGAGAAAGAAAGACCAAGCUUUUACUUAUCUUUUGUUCCACGUUUACCAUCGUUGAUCCGGUUAAGAACAAAGAAACUUCUCGUCCUUCCCGUACCGCUAGUAAUCGAGGAAUAGGUCCUAGAAGGGUUACCGAAAAUGAAAACUGCUUGUUGCGUGCUGUGGCCGCUCACAUUCUUUUCCUUGAUCGCAAUAGGUUACGCCGUGCAGUGUUACAUCUGCAGUUGGUCUCCGGACGAUAAAAACAAUCGAACUAAUUAUUGUACGGACGAAAAUUUUCAAAACGCCAAUCUUUACUUCGAUCGUUGUAAGGUGGGAUGCGAGGUUCACGUCCAAUGGGAUCCCAACGGUCGAAUGGAGCACAUUCGGCGCAAUUGCCUGGACAAAGAAGUCAAUUUAACUAACAAAUGUGUAAUUGAAGAACGUAUAGGAUGGAAAGUCAAAAAGUGCGCGUGCCAAUACGAUUUGUGUAAUACUCAUUUAUUAUCGGGGUCGUUUAAAACAUCUCCCGACCUCUUAACCGCUUUCGUAAUAUUUCUAUGUUUUUUCCUGACGUUAAAGACGAGCGACGUGUAGCUUAAUGGAAAUAUUUAACAUUCGCGGGCUUAAAACCAUGCCGGAGCAGUUCCAUCCAUCCGAACAGCGCAGCAUUAAAUAAAUAUUUCUAAUUUUCUAAGUAAUACAAAUAUUUUUAUCGAAAUUAAAAUUUAAAAAAUAUUGGAAAACGUAAAUGUUAAUAAUUUGGCAAGAGUAAAAAGAAUAUCGGGCAGGUAAAUGCUUAUGUAGAGUUUUUCUAUCUUGCCUUAUUAGUAAUAAUAAUAUGAAGCUUUAUACGCCGCUGGGAUGCCGAAACUGAUUUUUGAGCGACGGAACGUUUCGCAGAAUAGUUCUUCGUUACUCGAUGGAUAUUCGGAAAACCCGUCCAGUUAGAAAUUUACGGAUAAGGAAGAUUUUUAAAAUUUUGUAAAAGACGAAAAGGACGGCCAUCUCCUUCCUAGUUUCGUUACAAAUACGCUUUUUAAACCACGCGUUUUAUAAAUGUGAAAGUAUCGAAAGAACUUCGUGCGGCCGAAAUUAAAUCCCUGCAAAAUUUCUAUUCUAAAAUAACAGUAUUAGAAUUUUAUGGUCCAGAAUUUAGGAAAUAGAACGCUAUCCUACGGCUUCUAAAGACGCACAUCUCAGGUAUUCCAUUUCUUUAAAUAACAAGAUAAGCCCUCUUAACAAAAUUUAGGUGUACGGAUUUCCGAGAAUAGUAUUUGUGAUCAUUAAACAGCCUAUAUAUAUAUAUAUAUUGAGAAAAAAUUUUGGGAUGAGAAUGUACGAACGAAAUAUUUUGUUGAUAUUCUAAAUGUUGUAAAUACUUCGUACAUUUUCCCUAAUCCUUACAAUAAGUGUUUAUGUAAUCUUGUCACGUUUAAAAUUUCAAAUAAUUAUUUGUUAUUUAAAACUAUGUGAAUGUAUUUUAUUUUGUACGCAACAAAAUAUUUUUAUGGCCAUAAUUAUGUCUUUCAUCAGUGUUAAGUAUUUGUCACAAUAAAAAUAUUAAUAUUUGCAUUAUUUAUAAGCGAUGCUUUCGUCGCGAUUAACGAUAAAACGAUCGAACUUGGGUAUAGCGACACUGUUCGUUGACUUCCGAAAUUUGCGCUGAACCGAACAACGAUAAGAAUUACUUUCAAUAUGGAUAUUGUACGCCAGGCUUCACUGUAAUUGUUUAUUGAAGGAUUACAGAAAGUACCGUAGACGAGAUUUUUAAUAUGAAGUUGAAAUUAAAUAAUAAAUCCAAAAGUGCAAAACGUUACAAAAUGUCGAAUCGUUCAUUAUACUUCUGUAAAAGUUAAAUCAAACUGUUUCGCGGAAAGGAAGUAAAAAAUGUAUAAAAUGAGAGAAAAUAUAUGUAUGGAUUGUUCUUAAAUAGGGAAGGUGACGAUAAAAUCUCUAUAUCAUACUGGACAAAUUUCGGCUGGAUUCAAAAAAUAAAUUAAUUAAAAUAAAAAAUUCAGAAGCAAAACGAAUGAAAAAAGAAUGCAUGAAAAAAAAUUUCGCUAAAAAAUAUAUUAAUAAAUUUACUAAAUCUUAAG